AAACGCUGCUGCUCCAGCUCUUCCCUUAUUUUUUUCCUCUUUUCAUUCUUGUGAUCUGUCUGUCUGGAGAGUAAUUCACUAAAGAUGGCAGAGGGAACUUCAACACCCGCAGAGAUGACAACGAGCAGCUCCGGUCCAGAUGAUCCAGAGAUCCGGAUUCUUCUGAUAGGUAGAAAGGGUUCUGGGAAAAGUUCAUCUGGAAACACGAUACUGGGAGAAAGAAAGUUUAAGUUUACACAGAAUGAAACUGAAGUUUGUGAAGAAGUAACUCAGAUCGGAGAGAAACAGGUUCAUGUGAUUGACUGUCCAGAUCUACUGGAUCCAGAUCUAAAUAAAGAGCAGUUGGAGGAACUGAAAGAGCAGCUGGUCUCUGGAUGUUCAGCAGGUCUCAGUUCAGUUCUGCUCACUGUUCCUCUAGUGAAACCUCUGGAAAAUGAGGAAGAGUUCCUGGAUUUCAUUAAAUGUUUAUUUGGUCCUGAAGUUCAGAAGUACAUCAUGAUUCUGUUCACACAUGGAGAUGAACUGGAUGCACUGGAUGAACCACAGACCAUUGAUGAAUAUCUACAACACAAAGAUCAUGAGGAUUUACAGAGACUGGUGACUGAAUGUGGAGGAAAGUUUCACUGUUUCAAUAACAGGAUUAAAUCAGUUGAUCAGAAACAAGAACUACUGCAGAAGAUUGAAGGAAUGAUGAUGGAGAACAGAGGGAAAUUUAUCAUGAAACAAAUGAGGAGGAGAACAAGCAUGAAUGUUCCUGGUGUCAUUUUGCCAGGAGGGACUCCAUCAGAAGAUCCAGAUGAGCUUCACAUGAUUCCUGAGAAGAAAAACCAGAUCAGGCUGGUUCUGCUGGGAAAAACUGGAGCUGGGAAAAGUUCCUCUGGAAACACCAUCAUCGGCAAAAACGUGUUUAAAUCUUCAGCCAGUUCAAAGUCUCAGACGAAACAGUGUCAGUCAGAAACUACAGUGAGGAUGGGUAAAGAGAUCUCAGUCGUCGACACACCUGGACUUUAUGAUACCGAACUCAGUGAAGAGGAGAUUAAGACUGAAAUAGGGAAAUGCAUAACAUUCACUUCUCCUGGACCACAUGCUUUUCUUAUUGUGAUUAAAGUGGGUCGAUUCACUGAGGAGGAGAAAAACACCAUAGAGAAACUUAAAGAAGUGUUUGGAGAACAGAUGAACAAAUACUCCAUGAUCAUCUUCACUCAUAAAAAACUGUUAAAGAAUACAACCAUUGAGCAGUAUCUAGAGGAAGGUGAUCCAGAUCUCAGAAAGCUUGUAGAGAGUUGUGGAAACAGGUUCUUCUGUCUGGACAAUGAGUCUACCAGUUUCCCACAGUUCAGAGAUCUGAUCCGUAAAAUAGAGACGAUGAUGGAAGAGAAUGGACACUUUACAAAUGACCUGUUUGAAGAAACAGAGAAACACAUUCAGGAGAUCCAGAAGCAGAACUUGGAUAAGAAAGUGGUGCAGUUCAAAGAGAAGCACAAACGAGGCACUCUAACUGAUUGGCAGGAAAUAUACUGGCGUUUAGCAGAAGAGUCACGACAGGAGGCUAAGAAAUCUUUUUCUAACACGUUUAUUGCAGAACUUCUUAUGUAUCCUCUUGUGAAAGGAACAGAUAUACGCAGAGCACUGGAGACAGUGGUGACCCUUGAGGAGAGGGAGAGCACCAUAAAGGAGGCUGAGAGCAAAGGAUUCAGACACGCAGAGGCCGUUCAACUUGCAAUCAGAGCCACACGGAAACUAGUAAAACAGAAAAUGUGUACAAUUCAAUGAGAAACUCAGUAAUGAUCAGACACACAAGGCAAACAUUGAAUUACUACUGUGAACAAAAUGUGCUAAAUUAAUAAACUUA